AAACAGGUCUGUUUGUAGCACAGAGUGAAGAAUAGAAGCUGAGACAAGAUGAGGCUUUUUCUGAUCAUUGCUCUGUCUGUCUGCCAGGCCAACGCUGCCUCGCUGGAAGUUAAUUCCACAGGAUCACUGGACGAAAAUGGAGUCUGCAAAUGCGCCAUUAUCCUCCCGGAUACGACCUUCCCUGUUGAACGUAUGGAGUUCCUUGAGAUGGCAAAUUAUAACCUGAGUCUCAAUGUCCAGCAGGCGGUCUUUAAGAUACAAAGUUACCAGGUGACACUCGUUGCAUCCCUCCAGAAGUUGAAGAACCUGACCAGGAGGGUGGAGGUGAUGGAGUUGGGUGGAAUCUCUUAUACUGAGCUGGACUUUGAACUGCUGAAGUUAGAAAUAAGAGAGAUGGAAUCCUUAGCUAUCCAGCUCAGAGCUUCCUUCAAUGGAUCUAGUACUUUGGUGGAGACUCUCUUUGUAGAGAUCCAAAACAUAUCCAUCAUGGUGAACCAACUGGAAUCACAUGAUAAGAACAACGUCCUUGCAGUGAAACGAGAAAUUGCCUCCUUACGGAAACGCUUGGAGGACUGUGAGAAGCACCAAGAUAAUCCAGCUGUCCCACCUGUCCCCUACGGAACUUGCAAACAUGGAGGAAUUCGAAACAUCAGCAAACCAUUUGUGGUACAGCUCAACUAUUUAGGGUUUGCCUAUAAGUUUGGAGGUUGGGGCAAGGAUUCAAUGUUAGGGGCCGAUCAGGAUAUCCACUGGGUGGCCCCUCUGACUACGGAUGGGAGAUCCAUGAAUAGUAUACGCUUCUACCCUUCAUACGAUGAUCUCCUGCUCUACAAAAAACCUACAGACAAGGUCCUCACUAAACCUAUAGCAUACAACAAUAUUGACUACUCCAGCAGUGGACAAGGUGGUGGUGUGAUCAUGUUUAAUGAAUCCAUGUACUACAACUGCUACAAUACCAGGGACCUCUGCAAGUUUAAUACAAAAACAAAUGCAGUGGAGCGUAAAACGCUCACAGAUGCCACAUUCAACAAUCGGUUCUCUUAUGCCUCCACUCAGUGGCAAGACAUUGACUUGGCUGCCGAUGAAGAUGGUCUUUGGGUGAUUUAUUCCACAGAGCAGAAUGCAGGAAAUUUAAUUAUCAGUAAACUGAAUCCAACCUCCAUGAUAGUAGAGAAGACUUGGACUACCUCCCAAUACAAGCUUGGAGUUACCAACACCUUCAUGGUAUGCGGUAUUCUAUAUGCAACACGGACUCUUAACACAAGAAGGGAAGAGAUCUUCUACAUGUAUGACACCAAGACAAGUACUGAAGGGAAGCUGAGUAUCCCCUUUGACAAGAUGAUGGAGAACAUUCAAUGUCUGUCCUACAACCCCAAUGACCACAAGCUCUACAUGUAUAAUGAUGGCUACCUGGUCACUUAUGAUCUCAACUAUAACCCACUUCCAUAGACAAUCAGAAUGACCUCCAUAAAGAUCAAGUAACUACGGAUCCCCGCCAGAUUGCCCUAAAGAGUUUUAAACUGAGAGUCUAAACUAUAUCUCUCCAUUUCUUGAAAUCCCCAUCCAGUUCUGUUCUCCUGCAUAACACAGCGUCCACAAUGAAAAUGUAAUUAUUUUUUUAUCAAUACAGCAAGUUUAAUAGAAAUGCAUUAUUAUUUUGUAUACAAACGCAACAAAAUUAAAUGUUUU